ACCAGCCGCGCACGAGUAUAGAACAACAGUCAGCAGUGAGUCUGUUUUGGAGUAAAGUUCUGUGGAGUAGCAUAGUUUUGAAGAAAUAUCAUUAAUCUGGAUUUUAUAUUUUUUUUUUUUAAACAUUUUAUUUUUGUGUAAAUAGUCCUGUUUGUAUCACUCAUUACAGGCAACACCGCGACUAUAGAUCAUUGUUUAUAACCGACAUAAACAUUUGAUAAAUUUGGAGCGUGAAAGAGAACGCCGAAGUGUGACGUCGAUCAGUGAAAGGAAGAAAUAUAUAUACAUAUAUAUAUAAAUAACAGAAAAGAGGGAAGGUGGUGGUGGUUCUUGUUGUUACUGUUUAUACAAAGUGGAGGAUAUAACACUCCUUUUUGUUCUUGUAGUCGUUCCAGGAUACAGGAUGAUUCCGUAAUAUUUAUUUUCCGAUCACGAGCUGAGUAUGAGUCACUGUUUAUUAUUGUUAUUAUAUACAGUAAAAUAAUAAAUAAAAGCAGCGAUGGAAUUUAUUUUUUUACCAACGUCAUUUGUAAAUACAGUAAUAUAUCGCACUGUACGUAUGGUAAAUAAAAUCCAUUUAUCACGUGUAAAGUAUCAACGAUAAUUUCAUCACUUUAACAAUUGGAUUUAAAGUUAAGUGAAGUUAAUGUACGACGAUAAAAAAUCGAGGAUUUAUUUUUUUAUCCUAAAAUAAUAAAUCAGGUUUCCUAUUAUUAUUUUUUAUAAUUUUACUGACAAUAAAUUUUUUUUGUGAAAUUCAUUUCCUGUUAAUUUACUGUUUAUUGUAAUAAUACAGUGACGCUUUUACAAUAGCAAAUAAUAAACGAACCAAAUCAAAUGGAAUUUUUAUAUUUUAAAUAAUAAUAUAAUUGUGUGAGAACAGCUGUGUUUAUUCAACAUUAACUGCUUUAUUGCUCAAUUUAUUUAAUAAUAAUAUUUCAAAAAUAUUAAUAUAAAAAAAAAAUAAUUAAAUAAUAAUAAUAGAGUAAUUACUAAAUAAUUCAGUAAUGUGACUAACAAUAAAUAGAUCUGUGUUAUAAUAAUCAAUAAAUAACUUGCGUGUCACCACCUACGUAAAAAUAUCAGUAUAAUUUAUUCAAAAGGAAUUUUUUUUUAUUCGACGAAAAAAAUAAAACAAUGUAGACAUUUACUAAAAUAAAUUAAAACAAUUCGAAUAUAAAAAAAAUAAAUAAAUAGUGAAAUUUAUCAUAAGUGUUAUUGAACAGAUAACGAUGUUUUUAUCUAAUGAAAAAACUGCUGAUAGAUGUCUGCGUACUGAAGGUAUAAUGUCAUGGACUUAAAUAAAUGAAUUAAUUGUCGAGGCCACGUGGUAAAAGUUUAUGUAAAAAAUAAAAAAAAAAGUAACUCGUGCGGUCGAUUUUACCUCGAGGCAAUUAAUUAUAUUGCUUUUAUUAUUUAAUGACUCACUGUCGUAUCCAAACACACGGAAUAUUGACACUGUCUCGAGUUAUUCAAAAGCUUUUAUACUCGCACAUAUUUUAUUUCAAUUAUAAUAACUUUACAAUAAAUUAUUUAGUGAUUUAAAAAUAACUGAAAUUAUUUUUGUCUAAAGUAAGGUGACUAUGACUCAAGUUAUGGAGCUAUAGGAAAAUCUAACAAGCAUUUAAAUUAAUAAAGAUCAUCAGGAUAUAUGUGACGUAAUAACUGAUAAUCGAUGUCGACAGUUAAAUAUUUAUGGGACCUAUUAAAACGUCAUAGAGUAAUAGUUUAAUUGUAGAAAAAGAAAAGUAAAUAAAUAAAGUAACACUGCAACAAAUCAUUAACGAUCAUACGUAAUACGUCAUUGAAUGUAUUGACGUAGUAUUGAUAACGUCGCGGUGUAGCACCCGCGACGAUAAAAUUUGUUGGUAUUAAAUUUAAAGACAUAUAGUUUGAUAUAUAAAUGGACUUAUUGCCGUUUUGAAAUAAAUAGUUAUAACAAUGCUGCCAAAGAAAGAUGGUCAAUUAGAGCCAUUUUCGCUAGAAGAUAUGAUAUCUGAUUUACAAACAAGAAGACACUCUUUGGAUAGUGAUGAUGAUGUGGGAAAUCCACAUGAACUUCUUAAGCAACGUGAGAGAGAUCUUGUGCUUGCUGCUGAACUUGGAAAAGCAUUACUUGAAAGAAAUCAGGAACUUACGAGACAGAGUGAAGCCAUCGCUGAAGAAUAUGCAAAUAAACUUGAAUGUUUGGAACAAGAAAGGCAUUUACUACGUCGAAGACUUGAAGAAGCUAAAGGUGAGAGUGAAGCACGUGCUCUGGAAUUACAAUCAGACGUUGAGACAUUGAGAAGUCAACUAGAAGAACAAAGUGAACGUGCCAGACGAGCAGAACGUGAACAAGCAACUUUAGUUAGUGAAUUGACAGCUCAAAAUAUUCGGCUCGCGGAUCAAUUAAGAGAAGCAGCUAAAAGUGAAGAUCAAUUGGUCGCUGAAAUAAAAUUACUUAGAGAUAAAUGUACAUUACGAAAUACAACUCUUCAGGAUCACGUCAGUAGUCUUGAAAUCCUUCGAGAUGAGGUGCAAUUGGUUUCGGCACAAAGAACAGAGUUGGAAAGGCGAUCACUUGAGUUGCGAGAAGAGAGAGCCAGAGCUGUUGCAGCCCUGGAGGAAGCCGAGGAAAGGGCUGCGGCCUUGGAGAGACUCAGCCAUGAAGCGGAACACCGAGCGAAAGCAGCCGAGCGAGAGAGAGAUGAGCUAUCUGCGGCACUAGCGACGAUCGAAGUUGAAAGAAGAGGUAGGUCUGGAUCGAUACAGAAGCCACCGAGGUCGUUGCAGGCGGAAAUGGAGUGCGAGGUAAGCGGUAGCUCAAUGGGGGAGCAAGAGGACAUCAGGGCGGAAGUUGCGAGGGCGUGCAAACGACUACGAGAGCUUAACACGCACCUGCGACGGGGCGAGGACGACUCGGGACUGCAGAGUGACUGUGACGAGUCAAUGCCCGUCAUUGUCAGCGGUGUUGAGACCGAGGACUAUUGUUCUGGGGCACUUACCGAACUUGUUGAAGAGGUUUACAGUCUCGCCUUGACCGGACGGGGUGCGCCAGGAGAGUUGGGUCUUGCAGUAGAGUUGCAUCGUGUCACCGAGGAUUUGGAGCAUACAAAACAGCAGCUUAAGCAAGUUCAAGACGAGUUAAAGAGACGUGGUGAAGCUUUACUGGAUACGACAAGUAAAUUGAGUGUAUGUGAAGCUGAAUUACGAGGGGUAAGGGAAGAACGUGAUCGUGCUAGAGAUGACAUUGAGGACUCAGAGCUCAAUAGAGAUGAAGUUAUUGCUCAAGCAUAUGCAGUAAGAGAUCAAGCUGUUGCACGAAAAAAUAGAGCGGAAGUUGAAUUAGCGAGAACAAGAAUAGAUGUACUACAAGUUAACAGUCAGCUGAUGGAAGCGAUACAGCAGAAAAUCGAACUGAGUCAGCAGCUGGAGCAAUGGCAGAUGGAUAUGCAGGCUCUCAUAGACGAGCAUGUUAAAAGUAAACUUACCCCCUCUAGUGCUCAUAUAGGAAAUGGUAAUUCAAGUGAGAAUACAGACGUUACCGCUCCUGUAAGAAAAAAACGUAGUACAGGAAAUUCGAAAAAAAUGUUUGGACUAUUUUAGCAGACAAUUACAUUUUUUAUAAAAAAAAAUUAACAUUAAGACUUUACUAGAUUAUUUUAAUGGGAAAAAAUUUUUUUUUUUUAAUAAAAAUGUUAAGUAUUCAAUUUUUAUUUUAAAAAGAAACAUCAUUACGUUAUUAAUUUAUUUUUUUUUUUUAAUUAAAUAAACAAUUAAAGAUAAAAGUGAAUAGUGUAAUUAAUCAAUCAGAAAUUUAUUUUUUUUUUAAUUGAUCUCGUGUCAAUAUAUAUAUAUAUAGUCUCUGAUGAAUUUUUAUGUUUAUUAUUAAAUAUAAAUUUUUUAAAUAAAUAUAAUGUAAAUAUUGUAAGCUAAUAUAAAUAUAAUAAUUGUAUGUAUUAUUUAUUAAAAAAAUUUCGUAUUAUGUGUACUUAAAAAUUAAGAACUAUCAAAAUAGCUCAUUUAUAUGUGUAUAAGUAUUGAGUCUUUUUGUAAAAAAAAAAUAAUAAUAAUAAAAAUAAAAAAAAAAUAACCACCCUAGCAGUCCGAAUUACGGCAAAUUACCGAAAUUUACGGGUUUUAGGAGAAUUAUCGUAAAAUACAGUAUUUUACCGUAAAGCACAGUACAUGGAGAAAAAUGCAGGUCAAAAUUAAAUAAUAAUUACAAUCACAAUGAAAAUUUUACAAUCCAUAAAAAAAUUACGGUGAUUUGUUGAAAAUUAAUUUUUUAUUUCAAUUAUUGCUAUCUAGAUUGUAAUUUUCACUUAUCAUAAUAAUUACAAUACAACUUCGUUAAAUUUUUGCAUGGAAAAAAUCAAUAUUUACUUAUUCAUAUAAAAAUAGUUCAAUGUUACAAAAAGUAGAAAUUAUUAUUAGAAUUAUUAAAAGUUAAUACAUUAGUCGCAGUUUUUUUUUCGUAGUUGAUAAAUAUUACAUCUCUAAUGUAAUUCUACGUAGGCACUGUACAUUUUAGAAUGACGGUAAGACAAAUUGCUACUCCGGGAGAUAAUAUUACUAUUUGAGAUUGUAAAAAUUACUAUCUAGAUUGUAAAAAUUACUCGCCAGAAUACAUCUUUCACAAAGCGCGUUAACUAAUAUUUACUAAGUACAAUAGUAAAAAUUAUUGGUACAUUAUAAUUUUAUUUGUCGCUAGUAAAUUUUAUUUUGGAUGCAGUAAUUUUUAUAAUCAAUAGAAAUUAUUAUUCUAAAUAAUAUGUUGUAAUUUUUACUUUGAGUUUUGUACAAGUUUUGAUUUUUUUGAAUUUUUCAAGAUUAUUUCUCGGAUUGUAAUAUUUUUUUCAAAUUUAGUAAAAAUUACUUAAUUUUUUUCUCUAUGUAUUUUACAGUAAAAUGCCGUAAUUUACGGCAAAUUUUCAGUAAAUUAUGUUAUUUUGCUGUUAAAUACGGUAAUUUACCGUAAUUCGGAUCCGCUAGGGCAGUGAGAAAUAUAUUUUUUGUAAACUAGUAAAAAAUAUAAAUCAUAAAUGAUCCGUCCGAUUAUAAUUAUUAGACGUAUGUGUAAUAAAUUAAUGUAAAAUUUAUUGGAAUUUAAACGUCAAAAUUUAAAUAAGAAAAUAACUUAUUAAAAUGUUGGAAAAAAUAAAAUUAAAUAAACAAAAAAGUUUUUGUACUAAAUAUUGUUAAUUAGGUUUAAUUAAAAAAUAACUAAAAAAAAAUUCGUUGCAUUUUAAAUUUGCAUGAUAAAUUAAUA